UACCUUUUUCUUCAUUCCGCGUCUCCUCGCCACAUCAGUUCCCCCACACUCUCCAUUACCUCUUUUUCAAUUCUCAAACCCCGUGUCAGAAUGGAAUCCACCGGCUACCGCCACCGACGGUCACCCUCCUCCGACCGUUUCCUCGGCGUAUUUUCCUUCUCACCGCCCUCCUCCUCUGCCGUGGCUGGAGUAGACGAGCUCAACGAAGCCGAAAUCUUCUGGAACACCGAUUUCGCCGAACCCAGCCACUCCGAUGAGCACCGCCACCACCAUAGGCGGUUGGAUUUCCAGCAGGAAACGGCCUCCGGUAUCCUCGCCGUACUUUCCGAGGCCGAUGGCCGCGGGCCGUUUCUGUACCAAAAACCUUCGAUAUCGUUCCCGUCAUCGUCUUCGAAAGCGGUCCCGAUGAUUCCGAGGCUGCCGGAGAGGGAGUGCUCGCAGCCCGCCGCACAGUUCCGGAACCAGUCGGCGCCGAUGAAGGUUCCGGUGCUGUCAGAGGCCAUGGCGAAGAGGAGGAGCGGGAUGCUCGCUGACUUGUACGACGACGAUGACGACGGAGGCGACGAUCGGAUGUUGCCGCCUCACGAGCUCGUCUCCAGAGGCUCCGGCGUGUCGCCGAAGACGACGUUUUCUGUUCUCGAAGGAGUUGGUAGGACUCUUAAAGGAAGGGAUCUCCGCCAGGAACCUGUCGCAUGCAAAGCAUCCACCACCACCAUUGAAUCGCCCUCCAAAAUGACCCGACCUACCCCUCUUGCACGACCAAACUCCACGGCACAUCACGCUGCCGUUGUUUCGGCAGCCGUUGGCUCCACAAUGUAGGGGAUAGUCGUCGCCUUUGCUGCAACAACACAACCUGCUGCAUCACGGAUAACUACUCCAACCCCUAUCAUCAUUGCUUCCUUAGCAGUAGCCGCAUCCAAGUUGAUCUUCCAACUGCCUUUCGGGGGUUUUAUCCAUCCUAGAUGUUGCAGUGGCCGAGCUAUGGGGGGAUUGCACCAAUGCUUGUCGCUUGGGAAAAACCUUCCAAGGAAGACUUGACAGCAACCAUAAUUUGGGCAAGGGAGGUAAAACCCCUAUUGAAAAUAAAACUAUUCCUUCUUCAACAUAUCAUGCGGGCCACAGUCAAUGCCUCCACUAGCUCCUCAGGAUCAAAACGCUCUAUAAGUACAUAAUCAAUCCCUUCCCAUCAGUUGGUGCACAAGACAUCUUGUGAAGCUUCUGACCCCUCUCCUACCAUACUGCUACAGCUGCUGGACACCCCCAUCGACAAUGGUAGAUAGUUUCUAGCUCUAUAUGGCAGAAAGGACACCAGGGAUCCGCCACUAUCUUCUUUCAAAAUAAUUUCUCCUUAAAGGGAAGAAUAUUAUUGCAGACUUUCCAACUAAA